AGACGGACUCGGUGAGCAAGGUGCCCUACGUUGACUGCUGCUACUGCAUAGAAGACACCCUGACAAUGGACGACGAGACGGAGAAUUUUGAACUGGAGUCCAAAGAUAGCGACUAUGAUGACGGUUUUGCAAAAGAACUCUACAGCAAGAGGAGUUUUGUCCGAGAUGAAAUGAGGAUUGUCCUGAUAGGGAAGACGGGAUCUGGGAAGAGUGCCACGGGUAACACUAUCACAGGGCAGAAGACGUUUGAGUCCAAGUUGAGCGGAUCUUCCAUUACAGCCAGAUGUAAAGAAGUCAUGUUCAAGAGAUCUGACAGACACAUUCUGGUCGUGGACACCCCUGGGUUGUUUGAUACACACGCAUCUAAGGCCGAUACAACUAAGGAAAUCAAGAGAUGUGUGCUGCUGACAUCACCGGGCAUCCAUGCUGUGUUUCUUGUCACCAAAAUUGGGAGGUUUACAGAAGAAGAGAAUAAAACUGUAAACUAUUUCAAGAAGGUGUUUGGAGAGGGACUGAAGGAUUACCUCAUGGUUAUCUUCACUGGCAAGGAUGACUUGGAUGCAGAGGAGACCACCGUGGAGAACUAUGUGAAGACGGCUCCACCAGAGCUUCAGCGGGUGCUGGCAGAAUGCAACAACAGAUACAUGACUCUCAAUAACAGGGCGUCAAAAGAGGAGAAGGAAGCAUUUGUAAAACAACUCAUUGCCAACAUUGACGAAAUGGUACAAUCCAAUGGCGGUAAAUGUUACACAACUGUUAUGUUCAAGAAGGCAGAAGCCAUAGUGAAGAAACGAGAGGAGGAAGAAAGGAGGAAGCUGGAGGAAGCGAAGAGAGAAGAACGAGAAGCAGUUGCGCGCAGCAUCAAGGAAAAGUAUGAUGGCGUGUUGCAGGAUCAGGACAUCAAGAUGCAGGGUCUGCAGAAUCACCUGCAGGUGGUGCAGGAGGCGGGCAAAGAGGAACAGAAAAAGCAUCAGCAGGCAGUGGAACAUCUGAAACAAAAACUCGACAGAACUGAAGCUGAGAGAAAGCAAAUUGAGGUUGAUAGAAGGAAGUGGGAGGAAGAGAGGAGGAAGGAGAUGGAGAAGAAAGAGGAGGACAGGAACAAGGCAAUGAUUAUGAUGAUGGACAAGAUGGAGGAAGAUAGAAAGAAGAGAGAACUUGAAAUGGAGAAAAAGAUGAAACUAUUUGAGAAUGAAAGGAAGAAGCGGGAGGAAGAUGCAAGGCUGAGGGAAGCUGAGAGGGAAAAAGAAAGAGAAAAACAGAGGCUGGAACUUACGCAGCUUGAGAAAGAGAGACAAAAGGAGCUUACAAAUAUGAGAGAAGAACAGAAAAAGCAACAGGAUAUUUUUCAACGAAGACUUGAUGAACAGGCAAGGGAAAAUGCAAGAAAAUGGUCUGGAGAUGGACGCUCCUGUCCCAUCCUGUGAACACGUCAUUCUGAUCUGUAUCAGUGGACGCUCCUCUUGCUGGUAUCCAAUGCAAGUCCCACACAGUAUACAUAAGACU